UAAUUUUUUGACCAGUGACCACUUGCUGUAAGUAAAAUGGCGUCUGUUCUUGCUGAUAAAUAUUGCAGUAAAUCCUUGAGAGGGAUACUAAUGGACGGGGAGUGCGGACCAGGACACGAAUAUAAUUACCAACCUUUGAAUAACAGCUUCACUGUACCACCUGGGAUUGAUCCUCAUCAUUUCGUGAGUCCCUUUAUGUCUGAUUCCAGUGAUUGUAAGAUCAAGUUCAAUCAUGGCACCACAACACUAGCUUUUAAGUUUCAACACGGAGUCAUAGUAGCAGUUGAUUCAAGGGCUACUGCUGGAUCUUAUAUUGCAUCCCAGACUGUGAAGAAGGUGAUAGAGAUCAAUCCUUACCUCCUGGGGACAAUGGCUGGAGGAGCUGCUGACUGUGCCUACUGGGAGAGACAGUUAUCAUUUGAGUGUCGUAUCUAUGAGUUACGGAACAAGGAGAGGAUAUCAGUAGCAGCUGCUUCUAAACUAUUAGCUAAUAUGGUAUCUUAUUAUAAAGGAUAUGGACUAUCAAUGGGCACUAUGAUAUGUGGCUGGGAUAAAAAGGGUCCUGGUAUAUAUUACGUUGAUACUGAUGGUAACAGGUUCACUAAUAAUAUAUUCAGUGUUGGGUCUGGAUCCACUUAUGCUUAUGGUGUCAUUGAUUCAACUUAUAAAUGGAGCAUGAGUAUAGAGGAGGCGAGGGAGCUAGGGAAGAGAGCUAUCUAUCAUGCUACAUACAGGGACUCUUACUCUGGGGGUGUGGUCAACUUGUAUCAUGUACAAGAAGAUGGUUGGACUAAAGUAUCUCAAACUGAUGUGAAGAGUCUACACUAUCAAUAUGAAGAAGAGAAGAAUAAAGAAAUAAUUAACAAUGAAGAACUAUAAACUAACUAACAAUGUAUAGAGGAAUUAAUUAAUGUGUUUCUAACGUUACUAUUGGUAGUGGUUUGUGUGGUUGUUCUUUUCUGUGUCUAUCAAUCAA